GAGUUGUCAAUGCAAAGACAUUCGUGCUCCUGCACUUCUCUGACGCCAUCCGGGGUACCGAUGACCGCCAUAUCAGUGGACGAGCUCAAGCUGCAUAUACCAUCGGACGCUGUAACGGGACACAUCGCGACCCUCUCCUCUUGCUCAACCGCGCUUUGAAAAACCAUGCCAGGCGUCCUCGCUGACAUCCCGAAGUUCGACUUCCCCCCAGAGUCUCAGAAAGAAUUUGACUACGCGAAGCUCGAGACGCUAGACUUGAGCGUUGUCACCGGCGACGAGUACGAGCAAGUGCCCGAGUCCGUGGUGAAGACCAUUGGCGACGCUUUCACCCGAGACGGUUUCAUCUACGCUACCGGACACGGCCUCAAUCCCGAAACCAUCCAACGGCAAUUCAGCAUCGCGCAAUACGCAUUCGACGGAGUUUCCGAAGAGGACAAAACCAAGUACGCGGCCAAGAUUCUCGAAGAGGGCGACUUCACCGGCUACAAGCCGCGCGGGCACUGGCAGCUCAAAGGCGUCCGGGACCAGAUCGAGCACUUCAGCCUCGGCGCCCAGGCCAUCCUCAAUCCCGACGCUCGGGAACGCGUCUUCCCGCCCGCGCUUCGUCCCCUUGUGGACGAGAUCGCGGAGUUCAACAAGUACAACCACGACCACAUCUACCGCAAAAUCCUCUCGGUGCUCUCGCUCGUGCUCAAGCUCCCGCCGACCUACCUCUGGAACCUCGCGAAGGACCCGGAGCAGCAGUUUGACCUCUUCCGGUACGCCCUCUACCACCCGCCAUCCCCGGAAGAGGAUAGCAAAACGGCCGGCGUGCGCCUUCAGGGCCACACCGACUUCAACAGCGUUUCCCUACUGUAUUCGCAACCAAUCGUCUCGCUCCAGGUCCUCAUGCCCGACAACGUAUGGCGCUUCGUCCGGCACGUCCCCAACGCGCUCGUCAUCAACCUCGGCGACGCAUUACACUUCCUCUCCGGCGGCUUCCUCAAACCGACCAUCCACCGCGUCGUCGCCCCGCCCGACCCGGCCCAGGUCCCUUACCGCCGCAUCGGCGUCUUCUACUUCGCCCAGUUCUCGCGCUCCGUCCGCCUCGCGCCGCUCUCCGACUCGCCCGUCGCGUCCUCGACGGGCAAGACGUUCUUCAACGGCGGGAAGGACGCGCCGACGGCAUGGGAAUGGGAGACGAGCCGCGUGAAGGCGUACGGGCAGAAUGGUGCGAAGAAGGAGAUCGAAGGGGGGCACGAGGAGGAGGCGAUGAUAGGCGGCGAGAAGGUUGUACACUAUAACUAAGACAUACUCUGUGGGCCGUCGUGGACUCCUGGACAACUCUUUUGCAGACGCUCGGCGCCGCAUGGUAGAGGUGUGGAACGCAAGUCAAGUACUGUACCUAGCAAAGCGACGGAUGAUGGCGUGAGCUGCCAGUCUGUGGCACGAAACGAUCGCGAAUCUGGGCUUUUCUCGCUCUUUGGCACCUUCUUUCCGUCUUCGUACCCAUUUCUUAGUAUAUGGUCCUACAGAUCUUCCAGUACGGCGGGAGUCGGUAUAACAUUGAUAAUGGCGCUAGUCGGGGUU